AGCCUGUGAUUGGUCGCACAGUAUCAGGAAGCGAUGAGCCGACUGUUGACUGUUAAGUAAGGUGGUGUAACGCUGUUAUUUCACCUGGUAAUGGCGAGGCGUUGAUCCCACGGCAGGCUGCUGCUCUCCAAACCCGUGUCGUCCCCCGUAACGCUGUGGCUAAAAGUGAACGUCAAGAUGGAUGGUGGACAAGAAAUGCAAGUGGAGGCUGCCCCCUACUGCUGCUCCACCUGUGAUGGAGGGGAGGUCUCCGGCCGUAACCUGGCUCGACGCAACCGGAAGACCCGCAGCCUGAGCACCUCCUCAGCCUGCAACUCCUCUGAGUACAGGAGGACUCAGUCACUUCAUGGACCAAGCCCCGUGACCACAUUCGGCCCGAAGGCAUGCAUGCUGCAGAAUCCACACGCAGUAAUGCACAUUCAGGACCCCGCCAGCCAGAGACUGACGUGGAACAAGCCACCAAAAAGUGUCCUUGUCAUCAAGAAAAUCCGAGAUGCCAGUCUGCUUCAGCCUUUCAAAGAGCUCUGCAUAUUUCUCACCGAGGUAAAAAAUCUAAUUGUUUACGUGGAGAAAAAAGUUCUGGAGGACCCAGCUAUUUCAGACGAUGAAAACUUCGGGGCAAUUACGAAGAAAUUCUGCACUUUCAGAGAAGAUCUCGAUGACAUCUCCAAUCGUGUCGACUUCAUCAUCUGUCUUGGUGGAGACGGAACAUUGCUGUACGCAUCUUCGCUCUUCCAGGAGAGCGUUCCACCGGUUAUGGCCUUCCACCUGGGUUCCCUGGGCUUUCUGACACCUUUCAAGUUCGACACUUACCAGUCUCAGGUCACCCAAAUUAUUGAAGGUAAUGCUGCCAUUGUCCUGCGAAGUCGCUUGAAAGUCCGGGUGCAUAAAGAGAACUGGGAGAAGAAAGCCAGAGUGGACGAAAAGGGUAUCAUCCUGACCAACGGGGACAUCGAAAAUAGCCGCAAAGCCCUGCAGUAUCAGGUCCUAAAUGAGGUCGUGGUGGACAGAGGACCGUCCUCCUAUCUCUCCAAUGUCGAUCUCUUCCUGGAUGGACACCUCAUUACGACAGUACAGGGAGAUGGUGUGAUAGUAUCUACGCCUACAGGCAGCACAGCGUAUGCAGUGGCAGCAGGAGCUUCCAUGAUCCAUCCCAAUGUCCCGGCCAUCAUGAUCACCCCCAUCUGCCCACACUCGCUGUCCUUCAGACCCAUCGUGGUGCCCGCUGGGGUUGAACUCAAGAUAAUGCUGUCACGUGACGCUAGAAACACAGCCUGGGUAUCAUUUGAUGGAAGGAAGAGACAAGAGAUCUGUCACGGAGACAGUAUUACCAUCACCACUUCCUGCUUCCCUGUUCCCUCCAUCUGUUUCCGGGACCCGGUCAACGACUGGUUCGAGAGUCUGGCUCAGUGUUUGCACUGGAACGUGAGGAAGAAACAGAACUACCUCAGCUCGGAGGAUGAGGAGUUCUAAGGCUGCAAGAUUUUUCUAAGGUCUCCAAGGACUUCUGAAGUCAUGAUUUUACCUUGACCAUGCUCUGUGCCAUUUUAUUUUUUUAUGGAUGGAAUGUAGAACCAAACUCUAUUCAAAAAGGUCUGUUGUCGCCCCUCACGUGGAUUGAAAUAAUUCCACAGAAUACUGAUCCAAAAAAUGCUUCUAUGGCGGGCCUUAAUGUUGUGUUUUAGAGGAAGAAAGGUGCGGUAAUACGACCCAAAGUGAAACUAAAUAUUUUGGUUGUUUUUAGCUGGGUGUUGGCUGCUGGCAGUUGUUGAGUCUGCAGAGAAUGGGAACUACUACAUUGUCGUGUGUUGUUCAGAAAAGGCAGCGUGGAAACAGACAUGAGAAAGGACUUACUGAAAUGAAAACAUUUACAGUAAAUAUCUAUAUCAUAAUACUAAUCUAGUAAAUAAAAAUUAGGGGAAAAACUAAUAAGAUUGUUAAAUAACUUUUCCAAAAAUGAGUUGAAUUUUAAUCAUUUCUGGUUCAUUAAUAGACAUGGAACACUUUGGUCUCCACAGAAACAAAUCUGAACAAUGCGACAAUCUAACCAGCGGCACACGACUAACCAGACUAUAUGUUAGGAGAAAAACGCUUUUAAUAAAAAGUCUGUCAAGUUCCCCACCCAAAAAACAAAAACCCCACACAUAAAGUUCUGCGUUAUGUGUUGGCUUCUUAAAAUGUUGGGUUUUUGAAUGGAGUUUGGCCCCCCGCUGGUGAAGGAUCUGUAUGCUGUGAAAACUGUCCCUUUGAAGUGAAGGAGCAGCUUGUAGAGAACAAUGUUUGGACUAGUAAUCGAAAGGAAGUACAACAUAUGAGCUGACCUUGAACCAAAGUGCUCAGAGGUCAGUUGUGGAUGACUGUUUUUUGCAGUACUCUCGACGGGUGUUUUCAGGUCUGCGAAUCCUUGAGACAGACGGCAGGGACACGACUGCUACUUUACAAACGGCAAAAGCCUUGUUUUUUAAUGAGAGGUGAAGGCCAAGUUGCACUAUUUAGAAAAAAAAGCAAUCUGUCAAAUCAGACGCUUCAAAUUCUGUUAAACAGGCCAGGAAAAACGCUGUGAUGCCGUCAACUGAUGUUGCUUUGAGGUGCAUUCAGGGGAAGAGCAGGUUUUCAGUACGUCUACUCGGCGGCAGCGGCCCAACUGUACAGACUGUGCCUUAAACACUGGUAUCAUUAACAGAGAUAAAUCUUAUUUUUCAAGGUUUACAUCAUGUUUGUCAUAUUUUUUUAUCAUACACUUGCACAUAUCUGUAUCGUGCGCAUUAUAACCCCAUGUUGACUGUCUUCUCCAUCAGCAGCACAUGACACUUGAUUGAAUUCUAUUUAAUGUUGCAUUAAAUCUCUAUGUUCAGCUGUUGGUAAACGCUAAUGGGUGGGAUUCAUUCCAGGCAGAUCUCAGUUCAGAUGUCUUUAAUUUUUUUUUUUUUUUUGGUGUCUGCUUUUUAAAAUGUCCUUUAAGCCAUAGCUGAACUUUUGGAAAUGUAUUUUCUAGACCAAUGUCUGUGGGUGGUUUACUGUUCUGUGUGUAAAUGUGGAGGAAUCAUUAGACUUCCAAUCAGUUUAUGACAAGUGAACACUUCAAGGUGGCCUACCUGACAUGUUAGUUUGGACUUAGUGUACAGAUGUUAAUAUAUACUUUCUAAUUUGGCUGUUAGGCUGAAAAGAGGAGCAGUGGCAUCACCAGUUGAAACUCUGCAAGACAGACCGAGCUCUAAAAGGCAAUCAUUCCUUUAACUCUUGCGUAUGUAUAUAAAUGUAACGCUUGUAUAAGAUGUAUUUUGUAAAGUCCACAUGUUUAUUAACUGGUUUACAAUGUAUUAUUAAUGGAAAUAAAUCUAUUUGGUACUUUUUUACAUUAAUAAAUUCUUCAGUUGUUGAUUCUUUUUGUUUAUGAGGAAAAAGUCUGUGUUAGCAACUCUUAAUUCCUGUUUAACCGACUGUAAUUGUAAAGAGAUAGUGACGUACUUUUACAUUCAAGUUUAUUCGAAAUGCAUUCCAGGACGACAUGAAUAGUCUACUUUUUAGGAAAGAUGCUGGCAGGUUUGUUUGAAAUGUUGAGCUAUUUAAACUCCAGUUCCACAUGAAAACCCACCUCCAGCCUCAUCAGCUCUCAAAGUGCUUUUCACUUUUGUAACUCUGAGAACCUGUCAUUCUAACUUUUGUAUUAAGCUUGUUAAUGUUUCUAAUAUGACUAUUUUUUUCCCCCCAAAACACUUUAAUAAACAGAGAGUUUGACCAGGAA